AUGAGUCAGCCACGAAAUCUCGGGGAAUUCUUAACCAAUCGAAAUUCUGACGCGAGAUUUCGAAAGUUCACAUUCAAGCUCAAUCGAGGCAAAGUAUUUCGCGAAUCUAACGAUGGCAAGACUNUAGAUGAUAUAUUGGACCUAGAGAGUGACCUCGAGGGUCGCAAUUACUCAGAACAUAAUCAAAGAACAAACUUUGAAUGUGAGAUUAGUCAUCAAUCAUCUAGACGGCAAAGUGGCCUCGAGGCUCACAAGAACACAAAACAUAAUCAAAGAACAAACUUUGAAUGUGAGAUUAGUCAUCGAUCAUCUAGACUGGAAAGUGACCUCGAGGGUCACAAGGACACAGACCAUAAUCAUAGCCAACCCUUUGAAUGUGAGACUUUUUCUGAUUCAUUUGGACAGGAAAGUGACCUCGGGGGUCAAGAAGACACAGACCACAAUCAGAAAAAAACCUUUGAAUGUAAGAUUUGUCAUCGAUUAUUUGAACUCCAAUGUGACCUCAAGAGUCACGACGAAACAGAUCAUAAUGAGAAAAAACCCUAUGAAUGUGUAAUGACACAUUGCCCCAAAUCAUUGGGAACAAACAGUAAUCUCAAUAAUCACGUAAAUACAGCACAUAAUUGUAGCAAACCCUUUGAAUGUGAAAUUUGUCACAGAUCAUUUGGAUACAAGAGUGUACUCAAAACUCACGUAAAUUUAGUACAUAAUCGGAUCAAACCCUUUGAAUGUGAAAUUUGUCAUCAAUCAUUUGGAUACAAGAAUGUACUCAAAAGUCACCUUUACGAACCCUACAAAUGUGAAUUUUGUCCCGAAUCAUUCGGCACAAAGGACCACCUCGACAAACACAUAAAAUUGGCCCAUCCCUUUGAGACUGGUUAG